AUGUUACUCAAUAAUUUGUCUUGUAUGGGGAACAAUUUGUCUUCUACGAGUGACGACUCAUCUUGUAUGGAUGAUGAUUCGUCCACAACUCUAUCAACGGCUAAAUUGACAACAAAGCAAACAAUAAUUGAAGAGAUGCAAUCGAAAAUCGAACGAAUGGAAUCAAAAAUUCAACAAAUGGUGAAAAAAUUACUUCAAUGUGAAGAAUGUUUACCAAUGUUGGAAAAGAUGAUCGUCGAUGAAGUUUUAAAUAUUGACAUAUUAGUCACUUCAAUGUUCGAAGUAGUGGAUACACUGAACGAACAAACAUUAACACGUUUAUCAACAUAUAUUGCUCAAUAUAUCACGACACACAAAUCAUUUUCUUCACUUGAAGAACAAUUAAUGAAUAUGAAUUUACAUCGACAACAAUUAAUGAAAAGAAUUUUACAUAAUAUUCAUGUUGUCGAACUAGUCGAUUUAGCAGAUGAAUUAAUAUUAUAUAUUAUGAAUAAAAUUAAUCCUCGUAUGUUAUUACUUUGUUCGAUGAUUGAUAUUGAUAAUAAUCAUUUAGAAGCACUUGGAUUUGAUAGAUGUCAUUCAAUCGGUUUAACUUUUCAUUACCAUCGAGCAUGA